AUGGGUCAUCAUCCUUCUAAAUUCAAACCGAACAAAUCGUAUUCACUAACACCUAAAGGAGGACCUCCUUUUGUACAGCCACAUUUACAUGAUUUAUCACGAUUCGCUGUCAUAACUGUUAUAUUUAAUCCUGUUCACUUUCAUACACGUUAUGAAUUAUAUCAUCGAUUUGCAAAACAUAUGGCAGAUUCAAAUGUACGUUUAUUUACAGUUGAAUGUAUAUUUCAUUCAACACGUAAAUUUGGAUUACCUGAACAAAAGUUUGAAGUAACAAAUGCUAAUAAUCCCGAUCAUUUUCAAUUUAUUGCACCAUCUAUUAUAUGGUUGAAGGAAAAUUUAAUCAAUAUAGCUGUUACUCAGUUACCUAAGCACAUUGAAUAUAUAGCAUGGAUCGAUGCUGAUGUUGAAUUCGAGAGACUCGACUGGCCUCAUUUGGCAAUGAACGCAAUGCAAAAAUAUAGUAUUGUUCAAUUGUUCGAAUGUGGUUUCUUUUGUGGACCGAAUGGGAAGAACGAGAUAUUAAGAAGAGACUAUUCAUUUGCCUAUAGUAUUCGAAAUAACAAACCAAUUGAUCCAAAACGGAAGGACUGGUACGCUCAUCCGGGAUAUGCAUGGACAAUGAAACGAUCCGAUUUUAUCUUACUAGGCGGCUUACUAGAUUUCAGUAUUGUAGGAUCAGCUGAUUUACAUUUUGCCUUUGCGCUUUUAAAUCGAGUCACUGAGACAUUUCCACCCGGAUUACAUCUAGACUAUGCUAGUCUCACCACAAAAUGGGCAGAAAAACUAUACGCAAUAGCAAAUGGUGGAGAAAAUGUUGGCUAUAUACCAGUAAAUUUAUAUCAUUAUUGGCAUGGAAGUAGAGAAAAUCGUCAUUACGUUGAUCGAUGGUCGAUCUUAGAACGUAACCGUUUUUCGCCCUAUAGUGAUCUUGAGAAACACGAUAAUGGACUUUUAAGGUUGACAGGUAAAGGAAACCGACGAACAGAAGUACUAGAACAAGAUAUUGUGAACUAUUUUAAAAGUCGUAACGAAGAUAUGAAAAUAAUACCAUCUCCACAAAAACCCUCUCAACCCGUUAAUCGACCAAAACCAAAUCAGCAACCUCAGAAAAAAUAUCCUCAAAUAGCGCCACCACGCCGUACAGGGAACUCUUCGAAUUUUUCUCGUCCUGUUCCCUCUGCAAUUCGCUGGACCUCAGGUGGAGCAAAUACUCACGUCGACGACGAUCAGUUUUAUCAUCAUUGUACCUGUCAUGGACAUCACCAUCAUCCUGGAAAUCACGACUGUCCAUGUUAUAUACCAAAUGGUGACGACUGCUUUCCUCACGAGCACCAUGGGCAUCACGGACAUCACUCUGAUCAACAAGAAUGGAAUACUGAUCACCAUAACCAUCCUCAAGAUUGGCAGCACACCCAUCAUCAUCACGACGAUCCUGCUCACAGUGGAGGACAUCAUCAUCACGACGAUCAUGCUUACAGUGGAGGACAUCAUCAUCACGACGAUCAUGCUUACAGUGGAGGACAUCAUUGGGGUCAUGAUGCAAGUCACCACGAUUACUCCAGUGGGCAUACGUAUGAUAAUAGUGGGGGAAAUUACUCUGCUGGUGAUUACAGUGGAGGGAAUUACACUGCUGGAGAUUAUAGCGGUGGGAAUGGAAGUUUUUAUUAA